CAACGACGGCCGACGACGGGUUUUUUUUUGACUGUUGUCCCCCAUUCCAUUGCAUGUGAAUUGCUUUUGUAUACUAAACAGAGAAAAAAUUUUCAUCAAAAUCUCACCUGAAAUAAUUCAUCUGUUUCUUUUUCAUUAAAUUCGAAUCGAAUUAUAGAUCAUGGCUGAUUUGGUUGCCAGUGAUGACAAUUACAAUGUUGAUGAAUUAAUACGUGAAAGUCAAGCAAAAAUCGAUCAUGAAAUUGCCGAACUAUUUCCCUUGGUAUCUGAAUCUUAUGACAUAAACAAAUUGCAUAAUGAGUAUUCGAAUGAUGAUCAAGUUUAUCAGCAAAAAGUCGCUGAUCUAGAAGAAAAAUAUGUUGCCCUGCGUAAAACUCGACCAGAUGGCAAUUGUUUUUAUCGUGCAUUUAUAUUUGCCUAUUUUGAAUCAUUGUUCGGUGAUCCAAAUGAAUUGAAACGUUUCAUACAGGUUUGUCAUGAAACCCGUAAAGAUAUCACCAGUCUUGGUUUUCCAGAUUUUACUGUUGAUGAAUUCUAUGAUUACUUUUAUGAAAUCGUCACACUCAUCCAGGAUGGUAAGGUUAAAACCUCUGAGGAAUUAUUGGCCGAAUUAGAUAAACCGUCCGUAUCUGAUAAUAUUGUCGUCUAUUUGCGUCUACUGACAUCAUACUAUCUGCAAAAAAAAUCGGAAUUUUUUGCUAAUUUCAUUGAAGGAUCUGGACAGAUGGCCGAAUUCUGUAAACGAGAAGUUGAACCAAUGUAUAAGGAAUCGGAUCAUAUUCAUAUAAUUGCCAUUUGUUCAGUGUUGAAUGUUAAUGUACGUGUCGUAUACAUGGAUCGUGGUGCUGGAGGUAAAGUGAAUGAACAUGAUUUCAUUCCCAUAUAUAAGAAUAAUGAUUCCAAUGAUGAUAAUGAUAAUCAAUCACAGCAAGAAUCUGAUCCUCGUAUUCAUCUUCUAUAUCGGCCUGGACAUUAUGAUAUUCUCUACAAAAAGAAAUGAAUUUAUCCAUUUUAAUGAACAACAAAUUUUAUCGAUAUAUUUCAUUAUAGCUCGAUUAUUUGUGGAUAAAUUGAAGAAAUUAUUUAGGCCUAUGUAUCUUAAUCUUCGUUACUUUCUUCCAUUAUAAUUCCAUUCUUUGUCACAAAUAACAUGAUGACAUAUAUUACACAUA